CCCUACCUGCUGGUUGAACAACUAUAAAAGGAUACAUAAUUGCUUCAAAAUUUUCCAUUCAUGCUUGUACUGAGCAUAUUGUUUAAUAAGGAAGAAGAAGAAGAAGAAACAUGGGCAAAGGAGGUUGUGUGGGCGGACAUCUGGUUACAACAUUUUAUGGUUCACCUGUUCCUUUGAUUGGUCUCUACAUCGCAGCCGCAACAAUGGUAUGUUUCUUUCUGAUGACUUUUGAUAUGGUGUAUGGAUUAUUCAUUCGAAAGAGGCCUUUUUUACCAUGCAAAUUGUUCACUAUGAAUGCAUUCACUAUGACGGUGCUAGCAAUAGCCACAAAAAUCCCGGUUGAUUUAACCACAUCUAUGCCUAGAGUUGAGGAUCAACUGUCCAAGCUCAUGGGCACUGCAUUGAUGUGCACCGCACUUGGGUUUUAUAUGCCUUCACUGGGGACUAUGGGCACAUCCGAGCGCUACGGAAACAUGGCAGCAAUGAGUGUGACGACGAUUACUAUGAUUGUUAAUGUGUGUAUACAAAUGGGCACGGGUGUAAUCUUUGCCUUCACAGUAGAACAUGUUAUCAUCAUGGUCUGCAAUUUGGUAUUGCUUUUGUUCAUGUGGUCAUCUGCUAUAGGGUUUAGAGGCCUAAAAGAUUUGGUCAGUGUUUUUUCUAAAUUUGUAUUUAUUGAAGAUACGGAUGAUGCAGAGGGUCUUGAGAGAUUAAAAAAUCUAGUAGCGAAGUUUCAUACACUCAGUUAUGCAGUAAACCCUCAGACAUUGUUAUGUGAAGCUUCACAUCAGCAUGUUUUUGGCUUAUCAUCUGCCCUUUCUUCAGCAGUUGUCUUAGAAGCCAUUCUAAAGUCGAUUGCCCUAAAAAAUGUGAGAUUAUGUAGCAGCAGUAGUGGUGGUGGUGUUUCUGACUACAGAUGGUCGAUUCCCAUUGUAAUUGUAGCCCAAUUUCUAACCAUCGCAGUCGGUAAUUUUUCCAUCAUCUAUAGAUGGCUUUCUUUACUCAUCCACACUGAAGGUAUAGAAGGUUUCCGUGAAAAGGCAAAAUAUUCUAAUUUACAAAUAGAAUUAGAAUAUUUGAAGGUGAAGACCUUACCUUUUAGAUUCCUCAAGAAAAACCUCGUCUUUCAAGUUGGUAUAGAAUCCAUCAUCGAUGUGCUUAUACGCACCCAAAUGGGGUUGUACAUAUGCAGCAGUAUCUUCAUUGGGCUCCCAAUUUACAAUGUUAAGAAAUUGAUCUUGCGGGUAUAUAUAAUUCUAUUUGGUCGUAAAUUCCAUGACCCCACAAAUGAAUGGGAGGCAAUAAUUUUUGUGGGUGGAGAUCAAACUUUAUGGAAUUGGACAAGUAAAAUGAUCGAGAAAGACAUGAUGAGAUGGACAAAUAGGUGUAAGGGGGACAAUCCAACUGAUCAUCUCAUCCAAUUAAUAAUAUCUAAAUGUCCUCCUCCUCACCCUUCUUCUGCUUCUAAAUUAGAAGGUGCCUUCCUCUUCAUAAGAAAAUUAGAAGCUACAGGAGAAGAAUUUUUACGGGAAAAUGUUGGUGCUGAUUUCCUGUCAUUUUUCAAAUAUGGAUACAGAGUUUCCUGCGUAUCAGUGUUGGUUCUUUCGAGAAUUCUUGCAGAAUUGAUGCCUGCAGCUUCUUGUGGGGAAUCAUCUCUAAUGUACAACUUAUUAGAAGAAGCCUUAAAUGAGUCAUUUGAAACCAUUUAUUUUGUCGACCAAAACACCAUUCCCAGCAGCAGCAUGUUAGAUGAAGCAAGAUGGAGCUCAGCAAAAGAUGUGUGGGUGAAUUGGAAGAAUCCCAACCAUUGAUUCCGAACUAAGAUCAUCUCUCCUGUAUUAAUCAAGAGUCGCUCAUUGAUUAAGAAAUCCGAGGAGGAAUCUGAAUCAGAGAUACUACAUCAUGUCCUUGGGUUUCUCGAGUGCCCUAUUAAUGCUGCAAAAGAAAUUUUUGGUCAUAAUUUUGAUGAGUUAGCUAUGCAAUCUUUACUCCUUACUUCGUUGGCUGAACAACACAUGAGUUUGAUUGCAAUUGAAUUUUCAAUCAUUUGUAAAUUCAUUCGAGAGCAGCAGAAUUUUGGAUCGGUUAAGGAUCUGUUUGAUUUCAUGGAAGAUUGUUUUGCAAAGAUGCUCUAUUUUACCCUCCACCGUCUUCCAAUGGCCAUAGUGAAGGAGAUCGAAGGUGAGAAUGGAAAGGAAAUAAGUGAAGGAAGAGUUAGAAAAAUCAUGAAGUUCCUUUGUAAACUUGAGUUGUUAUGGGACACUAUCGAAUGGUCAUGGCCACCCAAAUUGGACCCUAAAAGUCAUCAAGCAAAUGAUGCCCAGUCGACGACAAUUGGUCAAGCGGAGCCACCUAGCCAAACUAGUAACACUACUACUACUACUACUGCAGAUGAUGGUGAUGAUGAUACGAUUCGAGAAAUCGGAUCUGAUGAGAUUGUUUGAAAGACUUCUUCUGCGUGCUCAAUUUCUAUUCUAUUGGUAUAUGAAAUUCCUGAACACUGUCAUUUUUUUUUUUUUUUUUUGGUAUCUUCCAUUAUCUCUCUA